AUGUUUUCUAAAUCAAUUUUAAGAAUAAAACCAUUUCAAUUAUUGUCAAGAAGACUCUUGACAACUGCUGAACAUCAACCUUCAGCCAUUAGUAAAUUAAUCACAUAUGCUCCAAAUCAAACUUUAACCAAUGGUACUAAAGGACAGAAUGUCUUGUUUCAAUAUGGAUUAUUAUUACAAACUUAUAGAAGACAAUUACCAAAAGCUGGUGGAGCUCUUUUAAGUGUGACUUUUACAAUGAUGCUUUGGUGUUUCGCUAUUAUGAUGGGAAAUGAUUUUAUUAAUGAUGUUCCAUUUGGAUUUGAGAGAACUGCUGCUUUAAGAGUUGUUAAAUAUGGUGACAAUCCCGUGGUUGAAUUUAAUUAA